CAGCACCACGGCUUCUUUUCCUCAGCAAGGCGACAGGGGCUUCCCCUCAGCCGCUGCCGCCCCCGCCGGCCGAGCUCCGCCGCGUCCGCGGCCAGCGGCCGCCAUGCAGUUUAUGUUGCUUUUUAGUCGUCAGGGAAAGCUUCGACUGCAGAAAUGGUAUGUCCCACUGUCAGACAAAGAGAAGAAAAAGAUCACAAGAGAACUUGUUCAAACCGUUUUAGCACGGAAACCUAAAAUGUGCAGCUUCCUUGAGUGGCGAGAUCUGAAGAUUGUUUAUAAAAGAUAUGCUAGUCUGUAUUUUUGCUGCGCUAUUGAGGAUCAGGACAAUGAACUAAUUACCCUGGAAAUAAUUCAUCGUUAUGUGGAAUUACUUGACAAGUAUUUUGGCAGUGUGUGUGAACUUGAUAUCAUCUUUAAUUUCGAGAAGGCUUAUUUUAUUUUGGAUGAGUUUCUUUUGGGAGGGGAAGUUCAGGAAACAUCCAAGAAAAAUGUCCUUAAAGCAAUUGAGCAGGCUGAUCUACUACAGGAGAAAACAGAGACUAUGUAUCACAGCAAGAGUUUCAUUGGGUGUAAGAAAGCGUACUAGAAUACGUGCUGGAGUUCUGACAUGCAUCAAAAUGUAGUAGGAUAUGUGAAUUCAGUUUGUAAUUAUAAUUUUGUCAAGUGUGUUAUUUAUAUUUUAGCAUUACUUGGAAAGUCUCAAUUAUAUAAAUCCUAAAGGAUGGUCCCAAUUUUUAAACAAAUAUUUUCAUAGGGAAUUUUGCUCUGAUAAUGAUCUAUCAUUGGGGCUUACGAUUU